GCGGCUUGUGCACAUUUUCCUAUUUCCUGCAAGCCUCCGCCCAGCAGCGGCCCGGUGACUCAGGGCGCCCGGAGUUGCACCCCCCAGGCCCUGUGGGAUCUUUGUUUGCUCUAACCCUCUCACCCGGGGCGGUCAUAGGAUUUCCUGAGCCUCGCCCUCCAGAGCCUGUCUGGCCACCGGGGCCCAAGGCUGGCCUGGGGUGGGGUCCCUGAGAUUGAGGUGGCCAAACCCUUCUGAGGGGCGCUGGAGAUGGAGAGGAGACAGCCGCAGCCGGGGACACGCCAGCGGCCCCCGGAGGAUGAGAAAGAGCUGAUCCGCCGGGCCAUCCAAAAGGAGCUGAAGAUCAAGGAGGGUGUGGAGAACCUGAGGCGCGUGGCCACAGACAGGCGCCACCAGGGCCACGUGCAGCAGCUGCUGAGGUCCUCCAACCGCCGCCUGGAGCAGCUGCACGGGGAGCUGCAGGAGCUGCACGCCCGCAUCCUGCUGCCUAGCCCUGAGCCCAGCCCAGCUGAACCUGUGGCUUCGGGACCCCAGCCAUGGGCGGAGCAACCGAGGGCUCGGCACCUGGAGGCUUUACAGCGGCAGCUGCAGGUGGAGCUGAAAGUCAAGCAGGGUGCUGAGAACAUGAUCCACACAUGUGCCAGCGGCACUCCCAAGGAAAGGAAGAUCCUGGUUGCUGCCCAGCAGAUGCUACGGGACAGCCAGCUGAAGGUGUCCUUGCUGCGGAUGAAGAUUAGCAGCCUGGAGGCUGGCGCGUCCCCUGAGCCAGGUCCCGAGCUGCUGGCAGAGGAGCUGCUGCACCGACUGCGGAUUGAAGCGGCUGUGGCCGAGGGCGCCAAGAACGUGGUGAAACUGCUUGGCAGCCGGAGGACGCAGGACCGAAAGGCGCUGGCCGAGGCCCAGGCCCAGCUCCAGGAGUCCUCCCAGAAGCUGGACCUCCUGCGGCUGGCUUUGGAGCGGCUCCUGGCAGCACUGCCUCCUGCACACCCGUUGCGUGGCCGUGUGGCCCGGGAGCUGCGGACCGCUGUGCCUGGGCACCCUCCGCCUUCGGGGACCUUUGUGAAGCCCACCACCCUGACAGGGACACUGCACGUCCACCUCCUGGGCUGCGAGCAGCUGCUGACAGCUGUACCUGGCCGCUCUCCAGCGGCUGCACUGGCGGGGAGCCCCUCUGAGAGCUGGCUUUGGGCCAGGGCCAAGCAGCAGCGUGGUGGGGGCGAGCUGACCAGCGAGGUGCUGGCUGUGCUGAAGGUAGACAACCGUGUGGUGGGCCAGACAGGCUGGGGGCCAGUGGCCAAGCAGUCCUGGGACCAGAGCUUUGUCAUCCCCCUGGAGCAGGCCCGUGAGCUGGAGAUCGGGGUGCAUUGGCGGGACUGGCGGCAGCUGUGUGGCGUGGCCUUCCUGAGGUUGGAGGACUUUCUGGACAAUGCCUGUCACCAGCUCUCCCUCAGCCUGGUGCCUCAGGGGCUGCUCUUCACCCAGGUGACCUUCUGUGACCCCGUCAUUGAGCGGAGGCCUCGGCUGCGGAGGCAGAAACGCCUCUUCUCCAAACGCAGAGGCCAGGACUUCCUGAGGGCCUCCCAGAUGAACCUCAGCAUGGUGGCCUGGGCUCGCUUGGUCAUGAACCUGCUGCCCCCCUGCAGCUCCCCAAGCACCAUCAGCCCCCCUAGAGGCUGCGCUCAGACCCCAACCACACCACGGGGCGCCACCUCCCCCAUGUCCCCCAGUAUUUUCCCACCAAGAAAAGCCCCCUUGGGAGAAGAGGCCCCACCCAAGCCCCCGCGCAUCUACCUGCCUCGGGAGCCCACCCCUGAGGAGACUCCGUGCACCAAGCGGCCGCACAUGGAGUCCAGGACAGGACUGGGGUCGUCUCUGCCAGCCUCAACCGCCAGGAAACCCCCCCGGCUUCAGGACUUCCGCUGCCUAGCUGUACUGGGCCGAGGGCACUUUGGGAAGGUCCUCUUGGUCCAGUUCAGGGCGACAGGGAAAUACUAUGCCAUCAAAGCGCUGAAGAAGCAGGAGGUGCUGAGUCGGGAUGAGAUAGAGAGCCUGUACUGUGAGAAGCGGAUCCUGGAGGCCGUGGGCCGCAGCGGGCACCCUUUCCUGCUCUCCCUCCUGGCCUGCUUCCAGACGGCCGGCCACACCUGCUUUGUGACGGAGUUUGCACCUGGAGGAGACCUCAUGGUGCAGAUCCACGAGGAUGUCUUCCCGGAGCCCCACGCCCGGUUCUACCUGGCCUGUGUGGUCCUGGGACUACAGUUCCUCCAUGAAAAGAAGAUCAUUUACAGGGAUCUGAAGUUGGACAACCUUUUGUUGGAUGCCCAGGGUUUCCUGAAGAUUGCAGACUUUGGGCUUUGCAAGGAAGGGAUCGGCUUUGGGGAUCGGACAAGUACCUUCUGUGGCACCCCGGAGUUCCUGGCCCCCGAGGUGCUGACCCAGGAGGCCUACACACGGGCGGUGGACUGGUGGGGCCUGGGAGUCCUGCUCUAUGAGAUGCUGGUGGGCGAGUGCCCAUUCCCAGGGGACACUGAAGAGGAGGUGUUUGACUGCAUCGUCAACAAGGAUGCCCCUUACCCCCGCUUUCUGUCCGUGCAAGCGCUUGAGCUCAUUCAGAAGCUCCUCCAGAAGUGCCCGGAGAGGCGCCUGGGGGCAGGCCAGCAGGACGCGGCGGAGAUCCAGACACAGCCUUUCUUCAGGGCCAUCCACUGGCAGGCCCUGCUCGCCCGCACCGUCCAGCCCCCCUUUGUGCCUGCCCUCUGUGGCCCUGCAGACCUGCGCUACUUUGAGGGAGAGUUCACAGGGCUGCCGCCCACCCUGACGCCUCCUGACCCUCGGAGCCCACUCACCGCCCGUCAACAGGCUGCCUUCCGGGACUUUGACUUUGUAUCAGAGCAGUUCCUGGAACCCUAAGGGUUCCCUGCCUGUGAGCCCUGCCGGCCCCUAGUGGGCGUGUUCAGUUAGGGUCAGUGGGUCACUUUUGUUCCCUGCUCCCUCCUCUGCCUCCCAACAUGAUGGAUCAGAAAAGCAGUGCCAAAGGAGUGGCUUGGUUUAUUUUCUCAAUACUUACUUUACACAUUAUUAAACUUGAAAAACUGCUUGGGGGGCAGGGAGGUGGAGAUAGAAGCCCAGAGUCCAUUUGGGCUCCAGCACCUUCACCUUACAGGUCUUCUCCCUCUCCUUCCUCUGGAGGGAGGGCCACGCUGCCGCUGGCGCAGGGAGCCUGCCCCUUCGCUGGCUGAGU